AUGGCCUCCAAUUUAGAAAAUACAUUUCGAAAAAUCAAAGACACGACAAAUGACUUCGUAAAAAGCUGCGUAAUGGAGUUAAAGUGUAAAGUUCAAAACUAUGAAUGGGGAAAAUUGGGGACAGAUAGUACAGUAGCAAAGCUAUUUUCAAGUGCUAAUCCAGAUAUUACUAUAGAUUCUGGGAAACCUUAUGCUGAAUUAUGGAUGGGAACUCACCCAAAUGGCCCCUCAAUUAUUAUUGAGAGAAACAUAUUGCUCUCAGAGUAUCUGAAAGAUAAUCAUGAUGCUGUAGGUCCAGAUGUGAAGAAAAAGUUUGGUAUUACUGUUCCAUUUUUGCUCAAAGUGUUGUCAAUAAGAAAAGCAUUAUCAAUUCAAGCUCACCCAACUAAGGAUCAUGCACAUCAACUUCAUAGUAAUUUUCCUGAUAUGUAUAAAGAUCCUAAUCAUAAACCAGAACUUGCUAUUGCUUUAACACCAUUUGAGGCAUUGUGUGGAUUCAGACCGAUAGAUCAAAUUAAGGAAUAUUUAAAAAAGUUACCAGAACUUGCCCAAGUCCUGUCAAAAGAAACUUUAAAUGCAUUUCUCCAUGGUGAUGGAAAUGACCUAAAAGAAAUAUUUCAAUCACUAAUGACAUGUGAUAAACAUAAAAUAGCAUUAAGUUUACAGAACUUUUUAUCAAGAUUGGAAAAGGAAGAUAAUAAUUCACAGAAAUCACUUCUUUUUCCUCUAAUACAAAGGCUGCAUAAAGACUUUACAGGGGAUGUUGGAUGUUGGUCACCUUUCUUUAUGAACUAUAUAACUUUACAACCUGGACAGGCUAUAUUUCUAAAGCCAAACUUGCCUCAUGCUUAUUUAAGUGGAGAUUGUGUAGAAUGUAUGGCGUGCUCAGAUAAUGUGGUUAGAGCGGGUCUGACACCAAAACACAUAGAUGUACCGACACUAGUGGAAAUGUUGGACUACACAAGCUAUGAUAAACAAGAACUGUUGUUUAUGCCCCAUUUGGAGGAUGAAAAUAGUUGCAUUUGGAGGCCGCCUGUACCGGACUUUGCUAUCAUUAAAAUUAGAGUUCAAAGUGGUGAUUCCUACAACACAAUAGUGAGACACAGCCCGAGUAUUAUCAUCAUUAUCUCUGGACAAGGCGAGGCAAGUGACACUGAGCCGGUGCGAGCAAAGCCGGGUGUGGUGCUGUUCUUGAAGGCCAGUCGCCAGCUCACACUAACGCCAUCUGACGGAUUCCAUAUUGAGGCUUAUCAGGCUAUAUGCAAUGUU